GGUUAUGCGAGUAGGCCCCACCACCCCAUGUGCCCUUCCGCCUGUCUCCACCCGCUCCUGCUACUCAAUGAUUAGAUUUCUCUUUUUCCUCCCAAACCCAACCCCAUCUCUCUCUCUCUGUAGCUUCGAUUUUUUUAGAAGCCCCCCCUCUCUAGCUUCGAUCACGUCGACAAGCGCACACCAGCUCGUAUCAGCAAAGCUAAACCAACCUCAGUCAUCUUCUCUCUCUCUCUCUCUCUAUCUGUCCAUCUCUACACGCAAGACAGAAGCACACGCAGGACACAGAGGAGCGAUGUCUACAACCGAGGGAGCGAAUAACGGUGGGACUAACGGGGCGCUUAUUGACGCGCAGAAACAGCAGAUACCCAGUAAUGGAGCUCUGGCGGUGAAGAAGCCCCCGUCGAAGGACCGGCACAGCAAGGUCGACGGACGAGGGCGGCGCAUACGCAUGCCGAUCAUCUGUGCAGCUAGGGUCUUCCAGCUAACUAGAGAACUGGGUCAUAAAUCCGAUGGUCAGACGAUUGAGUGGCUACUUCGUCAAGCUGAGCCAUCCAUUAUCGCCGCCACCGGUACUGGGACCACUCCUGCGAGCUUCUCGUCCGUGUCAGUCUCGGUUAGAGGUUCAUCGGGAACGUCGAUUUCGGCAGCUCUUGAUCAGAAACCCACGCCUCCGUUGCUGGGGCCUACACCGUUCAUACUGGGUAAGCGGCUCAGGACGGACGAUGAUGCGGAUGACGGUGGAAAGGAUGAUGCUACCGCAGCCGCAGUUGCUGUGGGGCCCACUGGUGGGUUCUGGGCGGUCCCGGCGAGGCCGGAUUUCGGUCAGGUGUGGAGUUUCGCAGCUGCACAGGAAAUGGUUGUGCAGGCGCAGGCCGCGGUGGCGGCGGCGUCGCAGCCGUCGAUGACGGGGCGGUUUCCACAGCAACCGAUCGGUGAGGCAUCGGCGGCAAGGGUUGGGAAUUAUCUUCCGAUUGCACAGGGGCAUCUGAAUUUGCUGGCUUCGUUGUCUGCUGCGCCGGCGUCGUCGGGGAGGAGAGAGGAUGAGCCUCGUUGAUUUUGGUUGUGUGAUUCCGUGUGUGUUCAUGAGGAAAACUCUAGGGUUACAGUUAAGGUUUUUAGUUUGGGUGAUUCAAGGAACAAAUUAGGGUUUGUGAAAUUUGAAUGAAUUCUGAAUUUCAAUGGAUUAGGGUUUUACUACGUUUCUUACUUAUCAUUCUCUCUUCAGUCAAAAUUACGGUUUAGUUUUUUUCCAAUCUUCUUUUUGUUUUUUAAGGCUUGGGAUUUUGUUAAGUAAGGAACUAGGGUUUAUAAAUGUGCCGACAAUCUUUGCAUAUAGACGCCUAAUUGGAGGAGGAAUUUCAGGCUUAUGGUUUUGGUUGAAUUUGAAGGAACUCCUGUUUGUACCUGAAAAUGCAAAGAUGCAUUCAUUCUCUGUUUUCGUGGGAAGAAUGGUCGUUGAUUGCUACCUUGGGCAGACCAUGAAUGCUGAAUUGAAGACUGAAUUGGUAAUAAGCUGGAGACGUGCAGAUUUUGUUUCAAAGAAGUGGCUGAGAUCACUCUCUUGCGGCAAUGAAUCAUUAUUCUUGGGAAUUGGAUGCAGGAGCUUGGUUAUUAUAGCGAUUGAUAACCAGGUGGCGAAGAAAUCAGUAUUUUCAAUGUGAUUGGAUUCAGGGCUUGAAUUCUCUCCUGGUGAUCCUGGUUGAAGAAUAGUGUUUCAGAACUGCUACUUUGGCUUGUGAUAGAAGAGAAUUGGGAGGUUUUGUGGCUUAUGAGGUUGGACUACCAUGGUUAGUCUUUGUUACUGGGGUCUGGGGUUAUCUCUUGCUCUCUUUUUAUCUCAUGCUCUAUACGCUGGUCUGGAGAACUUAGGGAGAAUACUGUGGAAAAGCUCCUGGUUCAUGCCUGUAAGAUCUCUAUUUUAAGUUUCAUCUGUAUUUUUUGCAAUUUUCUUAGAUUUAUAGGAUGGAAAUAAUGAGUUCUUCUGCAUGUAAUGAAUUGUUUGGGGUGCCUGCAGUGUGAAUAAAACUGAUCUGUUUCUCUCUUUCAUCUUUGAUCACUCAACAUUUGGAUUGUGUGUUGUGUUUCUCUGAUUAUUGUAAAUAUGAACUUAUUCUA